ACCUAAGAUGGCUUUCGAUCAUCUUGGCGCCAAUUCGAGCAAUAUUCUCCAGUAGGCAACUUUCAGGCUUCAGCAGAAUCAGCACGCUCCCUUCUCAACUCACCGUUCGCAUCCAUGGGGAAGGCACAAAAAAAGACUGGAAAGGGUCGUCUAGACAAGUACUACAAGCUUGCAAAAGAGCAAGGUUACCGAGCCCGUUCAGCCUUCAAGCUCAUUCAAUUGAACAAAAAAUACUCCUUCUUGGAAUCUGCGAGAUGUUGUAUAGAUCUAUGUGCUGCUCCAGGAGGUUGGCUGCAAGUCGCUAGUAAAUAUAUGCCCGUGAACAGUGUCAUUGUCGGUGUUGACUUGGUUUCAAUCAAGCCUAUCCCUCGAGUUGUCACUUUUGCCUCCGAUAUUACUACUACUCAAUGUCGCAACCUCAUCCGUGGUGAACUGAAGGACUGGAAAGCCGAUGUCGUCCUUCAUGAUGGUGCCCCCAACGUCGGUUCCGCAUGGGUUCAAGAUGCUUAUAGCCAGUCUGAGCUUGUGCUCAUGAGUAUGAAACUUGCGGCCGAAUUCUUGACCAAGGGUGGAACAUUCGUAACGAAGGUUUUCAGAAGUGUGGAUUACAACAACCUGAUCUGGGUAUUCAACCAAUUAUUUGGAAAGGUUGAGGCUACGAAACCUCCUUCAUCAAGAAACGUCUCCGCCGAGAUUUUCGUCGUCUGCAGGGAUUUCUUAGCUCCCAAACACAUUGACCCCAAGUUUUUCGACCCGAAACAUGUGUUCAAGGACCUUUCCGCAUCUGCGCCUGCAGAGGGCGACAAGGGAGCCUCUUCCAAGAACUACCAGGCCAACGUCUUCCAACCUGAGAAGAAACGACGAAGGCGUGAUGGUUACGACGAGGGCGACUAUAUCCUCUUCAAACAGGCUGGAGCCUCAGAGUACAUCAAAUGCGACGAUGCGGUGGCAUUCCUUGGUAGUGCCAACCAAAUCACCUUCACGACGGACGAGGAGAAAGAAUGGUUGAAAUUGGAUAUCACCACUUCCGACGUGGUGUCAAAUUGCGAGGAUCUUAAGGUUCUCGGGAAGGGCGAUUUCAAAGCGUUGAUGAAAUGGCGUACUGCUCUUCGUGAAGAACUCGGCCUCGAAUCCAAGACAAACCCAACUGAAGAACUGACUGAGACUGUCGAGAUCACAGAGGAUGUCGAUCCGGAGCAGCAAAUCGAGGACGAGCUCGAACGUUUGAAUGCGGAAGCAGCAGCUCGCUCAAAGCGAGAACGUCGACGUGCAAACGAGUUGAAAACAAAGACGAUCCAACGUAUGCAGCUCCAGAUGACCGCGCCAAUGGACAUUGGUAUGGAGCAAAGCGACACCGCACUUCAUACUGGUUAUGAAGACAUGUUCGAUCUCGAUGAUACCACUAAAGCUCUGGCAAGGAAGGGCGGGGUCGGUCGGCUGUUGGAUGCCGAUGAUGAAGAUAGCAGUGAAGAAGAAAUGGACGACGCCGGAGACGAGGAUGAGGAGAUCUUGGAUUCGGAAGAGGAAAGGGAGAAGAAGGUCGCUACGUUGGAAAAUGAGUUGGAUGGCCUUUAUGACAUGUAUCAGGAGAGGAUGAAGGAGAGAGAUGCCAAGUAUAAAGUCAAACAGGCUCGCAAGGAGAAGGAGGCUGCAUCUUGGCACGGUAUCCAUCAGGAUGAAGACAGCGACGAUGGAGAUUCGGAGGAGGGUGGUUGGGAAACAGUGCAACGAGCGAAGGCGAGAGCAGGCGAAGAUUCAUCGGACGAGAGCGAUGCUGAGUCUGAUGAGGAGGCCACCCCUGCUGACUCUAAAAAAAGGCGUCGAGUGCGAUUCGAGGACGACUCUUCCAAGUCACGGAAGAAGGUGCGAUUGCAGGAUGGCGCAAGUUCAGCACCAACUCCUGCGCCUGUGUUGAGUCGAACUGCCCAAGUGUGGUUCAGCCAAUUCGACGACGAUCUCGCUGGAGAUAAUCUCGCCGAUAGUGAGGACAGCGAGGAUGAGGCUAUGGACGAGGUAUCUGAGCAUUCCGAGGAAGCGGCACAUAGUGACGCUUCUGACGAUGAUGACUUUGAAGUCGUUCCUCAGGAUCUCGACAAUGAUGUAACGAUGUGGGACGUAGAGGGUGAGAACGAGGAUGAGUUGAAGCAAGAAAAGAUCAAGAAGCACGGUCUUGUGACAGCGGAGGCUAUGACAAUAGCUCAGCAACUGGUCAACCGGGAGAAGACUCGCACCGACCUGAUCAACGGAGGCUUCAAUCGAUACUCUCUCAACUCCAAGGAGGGUCUACCGCCGUGGUUCUUGGAUGACGAGGAGAAGCAUUACAAGGCCAAUAUCCCCAUUACAAAGGAGGCAGUUUCUGCCAUUCGGGCCAAAAUGCGAGCUUUGGACGCCCGUCCAAUCAAGAAGGUUGCAGAGGCGAAGGCUCGUAAGAAGUUCAAGGCCGCCCAACGAUUGGAGAAAGCCAUGAAGAAGGCUGAAGGCGUCACCGAAACCUCUGAUAUGACCGAGCGGGAGAAGGCGAAACAGAUCGAGAAACUUAUGCAGAAGGGCAUGAAGAAGACUCAAAAGAAGGAGAUCAAGGUUGUUGUCGCCAAGGGUUCUCAUAAGGGUUUGAAGGGAAGACCAAAGGGUGUGAAGGGUCGAUACGUCAUGGUAGACUCCCGGAUGAAGAAAGAGGUUAGUGAACUUGUUCGACUUAUGUUUGUAUCAUUACUAACAAUCUCUGGCAGGUGCGAGCACAAAAAAGGCGAGAUAAGGCGAGCAAGAAGCGGAAACGGACUUAGCUCGCUUUCUCAUAUGUCUCUUCCAUGUCCUGUUAGUAUCUCGUAUUUGUUAUCUGGAGUCAUUAUAUUACUAUUAGAUCUACCGUGUAAGCAAGAAUGUGACGGUCUACGAGACUACGAUGAAAAGUCGAAAUCGUCUUGGAAAGGUGCCUGCUUCCAGCUCGGAGCAUACGUCGAGGUGGUCAACCUGUCGCAGCUAGAUAGGAACUGUUUCCAAUCAAACUCGGAAAUCGGAUUGAGACAUACGAUCUAUAAGAUAUCAAUACAUAUACUUCAAGUAUGUGAAGGUGACGCACCUCGCAUGAAGUCGCCUUCUGGCUGCUCUCCAAAUCCACAACACUCUCGCUUACGACAGCAAGAGAAGGAUCCGGACGUCCUUCAUCGUAAGCAGGAAGUUCAUCUAUGCUUUGGCGUACACUUGCGCUCGAGUGUAGAAUAUAAUUUUCUCCGUUAUGAGUAAGCAGCAAAGGCGCGAGGGGUUGGGUGAUCUCAGCGUCGGUUCCUUGCAAGCUGAUGAAAGAGAGGUAAGACAUCCCAGUCCUGAUAGAAUGAAACAAAAGAACGUGGCAUACAAUCUGCGCAAGUCUGACAAGUAAUCUUGCAGAACUUGAGGCAUUUGCUUCUCAGCGAGCUCGACCGAUUCCGAGAAGGACAAGCGCAUAUCCAUGGGACUGUGAACCAGAGAGCAUCAGUGUACGAAAUACCAGAGAGGAAGACCAAAUAUUCUGACCGAUCAGGCAUCAUGAC